UCUCAGUGGAGUCACAGUGAAAUACGUCCGGUGUUGUGUUUGUAAGGUGAAGGUUCAUCGCGGUGACAUUAUCUUCGCUGUUUCAAACCAUGUCUGGUCGCGUUCUCGUCGGAGUGAAGCGUGUCAUUGACUACGCAGUCAAGAUUCGAGUGAAGCCCGACAAGAGCGGUGUGGUGACAGAUGGCGUUAAACACUCGAUGAACCCCUUCUGUGAGAUCGCCGUGGAGGAGGCGGUCAAGCUGAAGGAGAAGAAGCUGAUCAAGGAGGUUGUGGCUGUCAGCUGUGGACCACAGCAAGCACAGGAGACCAUCCGCACUGCCCUCGCCAUGGGGGCAGACCGAGGCAUUCAUGUGGAAGUCAGUGGGAAAGACUAUGAAACCUUGGGCCCGCUGCACGUCUCUAAGAUUCUGGCUGCUCUGGCCAAGAAGGAGGAGGCUCAGCUUGUCAUCCUCGGCAAACAGGCCAUCGAUGACGACUGUAACCAGACAGGACAGAUGACCGCGGCUCUGCUAGACUGGCCUCAGGGCACGUUUGCGUCAGAGGUGUCGCUGGAAGGAGACAAGAUUAAAGUGGUGAGAGAGAUCGACGGCGGCCUGGAGACGAUUAAAAUCAACACACCGGCUGUGCUGACGGCAGACCUGCGACUCAACACGCCCAGAUAUGCCACGUUGCCCAAUAUCAUGAAAGCUAAGAAGAAGAAAAUCGCAAAAGUGAAGCCCGCAGACUUAGGCGUGGAGCUGACGUCACGGCUGGAGGUGCUGAGAGUGGACGAGCCCCCACAGAGGCUGGCGGGGAUAAAGGUGGAGACGGUGGACGACCUGGUGUCCAAGCUGAAGGAGACGGGCAACAUAUAGACAAGGUCAAAGGGCACAACCCAGCAGAGGGGAGGUUUUUGAUGAAGAACUGGACUCAGGACUUUCCUCCCUCUGUGUGAGACUGUGAGGACAAACACACAGAGACACUGUCCACUUCUCUAACAGCACCACCUUCCACUGAUGGACAUCCUUUAAAGGGACAGUUCAGGGUUUUUUCACGUGUGGUUGAACACGUUCUUCAGAUGUUGUUGUCGCUGGAAGCCACGUUUGAGUGGUUCUCAGCAGCAGGGGGCGCUCACCGUCUGUCUCUCACAUGACCAAAACAAACCUGAACUAUCCCUUUAAUUCACACAGGGCUUUGGUUUUCUAUCACAAGCCACUGAUGAUCAUGUAAAGUGAGACUUCAUGUAUAUCUGUUUAUGUAAAUGAUAUAUAUAUAUAUGUAAAUAUGUCCUUCACAGUUUAAACGGUCCCCAGUGUCUCUGUGUGUGUGUGUGUGUGUGUGUGUGAGCAAAAAAAGGUAAAGUCGUCACAAAUGCUACUUUCACCGUACAGAACUAAACCACAACAAUAAACUCCUCCAUCGUUUUAA